AUGAAUAUCUUCAGGCUAUUAGCCGAUUUCUCCCAUCUGGCCUCGAUCUUCAUGCUUCUGCAGAAGAUGAAGACGUCGAGCAGUUGUUCGGGGUUGUCCUUCAAAUCACAGGUGCUAUAUCUCUUGGUCUUUACCACUCGGUAUCUAGACCUCUUCUGGACAUUCACCGAGUCUUUGUACCUCACCACAUUCAAGCUCCUUUUCAUCGGCUCCUCGGCCUACGUCAUCUACCUCAUGCUCAACGAUUACAAACCUACGCAUGAUCCUAAUCUCGAUACUUUUAAGGUUCAAUACCUCCUUGGAAUCAGCGCAGUGCUUGCAAUCCUCUUCCCACACGAUUAUCGUUUCUCUGAGAUUCUUUGGACCUUUUCAAUUUGGUUGGAGUCGGUGGCCAUUCUGCCACAACUCUUCAUGCUCCAGCGAACUGGAGAGGCGGAUACUAUCACCACUCACUACUUAUUUGCUCUGGGAAUUUAUAGGGCACUCUAUAUUCCAAACUGGAUGUUCCGCUACCUCACCGAGGCCUCAUUCCAGCGUUCCUUCCAACCUGUGCCGAUCAUUGCAGGGAUUAUUCAGACCCUUCUCUACUCGGACUUCUUCUACAUUUACUACAACAAGGUUCUGAAGGGCAAGAAGUUCUCACUUCCUGUCUAG